UAUGGAUACACUUGCUCAUUUAGCUCGUCAUUGGAAACGUCUUUCAGCAAUUUCGAAUGACCGUUUAACAAUCAAAGCAUUAAGUGCUCUUCUCGGCCCGCUAGUUUUUGGGUCAGAUCGUACUGAAUCCCCUAUUCAAAACGGGGCGGCAGUUAAUGCGAUGGAAGCUCUGUUAUUACUUCCUAUUGAUUUUUGGGUUAAUAUUACCUCUUCACCUGGAACUUCGCAUUCUUCCCUGUCUAGAAAUCCUUCACAGCGUUCCAACAAUAAUCAAACACCGAAGUUUAAAACUCUUACAAUGAAAAAUGGGACAAUUAGUGGUUUGCGACAUCCUCAAGAUUUAAACUCGACCGUUUACAAAUAA